UACCCGCCUUUAUGGAGUGUUUGAGUUCUGUGCCUAGAAGGUAGUGGUGGUUUGACAUCAUAACUCACCGUUUUGGUAUUUUGGGAGUUGCAGAUAUUUCACUCACUUCUACGUUUGGGGCUCCGUGUGGAACACUUCACUUCUCAUAGCCUUCACGUGCAGGACUGUUAGCACCCUGUCACUGUUUGACAAUCAGAACAGCACGCCGCCGCAGUCAACAGCUACGAAACAGAAACCCCUACUGCAAGCGGAAAUUGAUGUUUUUCUCACUCUCUCGCUCCUCGUGUGUCAAACGGUGCGUCGGCUGUUGGAGUGUGUGUGCGUCACCCGCCACUCUCAGCGAAAGAUGCACGUCGUACACUACGUUCUGGGGUUCUACUUCUACACUGCAGUGGGUCCUACAGCCAUGCUGCAUCUGAACCGAGACGGCCACGAGCUGACGAACUAUCCGUUUUCUAUUCUCUGGAGAUAUGCAGUGGCUCUGGUGGUGUUUGUCUGGGCCAGCUACCAUCAGUACAACUGCCACCAAAUUCUAGCAAACCUCCGCCGCUCCAACAACUUUUCUUCGCAGAGAAAUAACGUAGCUGAUACCCACCCACCAAAGCCGCCCCAGACUCUCAGAGUGGGAAUACCGCACGGGGACUGGUUCGCUCUGGUCUCCUGUCCGCACUACUUGGCCGAGAUCCUUAUCUACUGCUCUCUGCUGGUGGUCCAGGCCGGUUCCCUAACGAUGCUGCUCCCCUGUUGGUUUGUGGCCUUUGUGCUGGGUCUUAGCGCCCGCCAGAUGCACAACUGGUACCUUGACAAGUUCGACGACUACCCAAAGAAUAGAAAAAGGAUUAUUCCCUACAUUUUC